AUUACAUUCCCUCUUCAUGCAUGCUUUUAGGCUUCAAAAAUCUCAAACAAUUAAUUAAGAUUAGAUCCACAUUGCAUUUGGUAAUAACAUCAAGAAGAUCUGUUUAGUUUGGUGUGAUUCUUGAUGGGGUGGCUUCUGAUCAAGAUCUUGAUUUCGGUUUCGAUUUCAUGUUUAAUUGCUGAAAUUGUUGAUGGGUAUUAUCUUCCUGGUAGUUUUCCCCAUAGAUACUUUGUGGGUGAUCAAUUAUCUGUCAAAGUUAACUCCUUAACCUCUAUUGAAACAGAAAUUCCAUAUGGGUAUUAUAGUUUGCCUUUUUGUAAGCCUCUUGAAGGCAUUAAAGAUAGUGCUGAAAACCUUGGUGAGCUUCUAAUGGGAGAUAGAAUCGAAAACUCCCCAUAUCGAUUUAAAAUGUACAAAAACGAAUCCGAGAUCUUUUUGUGCAAGACAAGUCCUUUAUCUAGUGAAGAGUUUAGUACUAUAAAGAAACGAAUCGAUGAAAUGUAUCAAGUUAACUUAAAUCUUGAUAAUCUUCCUGCCAUUAGGUAUAUGCAAAAAGAUGGAUUAUUUCUUAGAUGGACUGGCUAUCCUGUAGGAAUUAAGGUUCAAGAUGUUUAUUAUGUAUUUAAUCAUUUGAAAUUUAGAGUAUUGGUUCAUAAGUAUGAACACAAUAAUGUAGCCGGUGUGAUUGGGACUGCAGAUGGGGCAGAGCUGAUCACACCGGCUAACGUAACCACUGAUGAAGGUUAUGUGGUCGUUGGAUUUGAAGUCGUCCCUUGUAGCGUGAAUCAUGAUAUUAACAAACUGAAGAAUGUUGAGUCUUAUGGUAAGUAUCCGUCUCCAAUCAAAUGUGAUCCAAUUACGGUGGGAAUGGAUGUGAAAGAAGGUAAACCCGUGACUUAUACAUAUGAAAUUUCAUUCGUGAUGAGUGAUAUAAAAUGGCCUUCGAGAUGGGAUGCUUAUUUGAAGAUGGAAGGUGCAAAAGUUCAUUGGUUUUCAAUCUUGAACUCAUUAAUGGUGAUUACAUUUCUUGCGGGUAUAGUUCUUGUGAUCUUUUUGAGGACAAUACGUAGAGAUUUGGCUCAUUAUGAAGAAUUAGAUAAGGAAGCUCAGGCUCAAAUGAACGAGGAGUUAUCAGGGUGGAAGCUUGUUGUUAAUGAUGUUUUUAGAUCUCCAACCAAUCCUAAACUUCUUUGUAUCAUGGUCGCGGAUGGGUGUAGGAUUCUUGCAAUGGGGGUUGCGACGAUAUUUUUUGCUGCUCUUGGAUUCAUGUCUCCGGCUUCACGUGGAACCUUGAUCACUGGGAUGCUUGUGUUCUAUGUGUUAUUGGGGAUUAUCGCUGGAUACAUUGCCGUUUGGCUAUGGAGGAUACUUGGGGCAGGGGAACGUCGAGGAUGGUUUUCUGUAUCAUGGAAAGUUGCUUGCUUUUUUCCCGGUAUUUCAUUCCUAAUAUUAAUCACAAUAAAUUCACUCUUGUGGGGAAGUGGUAGCACAGGAGCUAUUCCAUUCACCACAUUUGUUGUUUUGAUCCUACUUUGGUUUGGAAUCUCUUUGCCCUUGACCUUAAUCGGCGGAUUCAUGGCCACAAAGGCUCCAUACCUUGAAUACCCAGUCCGAACCAAUCAAAUCCCUAGAGAGAUCCCGGCUCAAAAGUUGUCUUCUUGGAUUUUGGUACUAGGAGCUGGAACUCUACCCUUUGGGACACUUUUUAUUGAGCUUUUCUUUAUCAUGUCAAGCAUUUGGCUCGGGCGUGUCUACUAUGUUUUUGGAUUUCUAUUUGUCGUUCUAAUUCUACUUGUGACUGUUUGCGCGGAAGUAUCACUAGUUCUCACUUAUAUGCAUCUUUGUGUUGAGGAUUGGAGAUGGUGGUGGAAAUCAUUCUUUGCAUCCGGUUCAGUUGCAUUUUAUAUCUUCCUGUAUUCCAUCAACUAUCUUGUGUUUGAUCUCCAGAGCUUAAGUGGACCCAUUUCCGCAGUGUUGUACUUGGGUUAUUCGUUGUUCAUGGUCAUAGUCGUUAUGCUUGCAACGGGUGCAGUUGGGUUCUUAACGUCUUUCUUCUUCAUUCAUCGGCUCUUUUCUUCUGUUAAGAUAGAUUAAAUUGCAGUUUAAAUUGAGGCCUGAAAAUUUGAUGCUUUAUUUUGAUGUUCAAUAUUUGUUUUUGUAGCAUAUUUAUAAAGUUUGAAGAUUAAUAACAGUUACAAGCAA